AUGGGUAUCGGGAACCUUUUACUAACCCUAAUAUUCUGGAUAAAUAUCAAAAUCUCGUUCAUGAUGAUCCGAAUCCAGGUUUUCGACCCAUGUUCUCAAAAAGGUUGAUAGAUCUUCAGCACGUCUAUAAGAAUGUACGAAAAAUGUCUGGUACAGAAAUGAUUGUUUGGAGUUCAUUCAAUUAUUUGUCAAUUGAAAAGGCAUCUAAAGAACAAUAUGAAAAAGCUGAUAUUAAGGUUGGUCUGACUUUACCUGUUCCUAAAAAGAAAAAGAUGCGAUAG